CUACCAUAGCUAGCUACUAGUACAGUACCUGAGUGACCGUCUACAACAAAACAAAAAGCCUUCAAAAAUCUAAAGGCCAGCCGUCAGACCCGCGAGUCCACCACACCACAAAGGAACCCACAUUCCCAAAGCAACAAAACGAUGUCCUUGGAGCUCGAGGAUACGAAAGGCCAAGAGGCAGGGACAGCAACCGUUAAGCAUCAGACACAGGGUGCAGUUGUGGACUGUGAUGAGAUUGCCAUGGAAAUGGGCUUGGAACCUCCUCACCAGGACGCCAGCACAUGCAGUAGUAACACCAACAACAUGAGCUCUUCACUCGACGCUUCGGCUUCAUCCAAUCAAGUUGAUCUUGUACAUGGCACUUUCACAAGAACCUCCACCAAAAGACCUCAGCUGCUCUGCCCAUUGACCAAACAGCCUCUUCAGGAUCCAGUGGUGAAUCCCGCCAAUGGGGUAUCGUACGAAAGAAGUGCCAUUAUCUGUGUUGAACACACUGGCCUCUACCCUCGCAAUCGAGCACUCAAGGACUACUUACAGGCAAUACAGGGGCUACAGGCUAUGGAUUCUCCGAGCACAAAUGCUUCCAAGAAGGUGCGGACAACCAAAGAUCUUUUUGCUCACUUUAUCUGCCCCAUCACCCAUGUGCUCCUGCAGGAUCCUGUCAUUGACCAUGAAGGCAACACAUAUGAGCGUGGCGCCAUUAUGGAUUGGAUACAGCAGCACGGGGAUUCUCCCAUCACCCGGAAUCCAUUAUGCAUUGAGCAGCUCUGUGACAACACCAGCCUCUUUGAGGUAAUCAUUCAAGAAACUCUACUACUCCAACAGCAAGGAAUCGGAAAUGAUGAACUCCAAGAUUUCAAAAUGGCAGUGUCCAUGUACACACCUGGUGACACCGGAUUCGCUGCUGCCGCCUACUAUAGCUCUCAAUGUUUGGAGGACCUACCAGUACAGGCAAAUAGGCAGCAACCACAGGAAUUGGAAACGACAAGAACACCACCCAACAAUGGUGCGAUUGAACCUGCCUGCAGUCCAUGGGUAUCUCUCUGUUGUCUUGGUUGGUGGGGAUUUGCUUUUUUUGCAUUUUGGCUUCAAACUCUGAUUUGAUUGAACAAUCUUGUGAGAAGCUAGCUGUCCUUCGGGCAUAAAUUUAUGAAACUGUCCCCAGCCUCAAGAUUUCCGAACCUGCUCCAAGAGAUCGCCUUGUCUUCUCUAAGCGUGGCCCUCGGGGCCCUCUGCGGGCUUGCAUAUUGGUACUAGCCAGCAUAGUGGAUAAUCCAAAACUCUCCCUAUUCUUUGACUGCAAAAUUGCUAGCUUGAGGCCAUGGCAGCAUAGUUUUAAAACAAGCUACCGGUA